AUGUUGAAUAUAAAAAGAUAUAAUUUAAGAUCUAUUCGUUUGCCAAAUUUAACUAUCACACGUCAAUGGUUGACAACUUAUAGUUAUGAUUCGUUAUCAAAAUUAAAAGUUGAAUCAACUCCAAUUCAAGGAGUUGUUAAACAGCCUGUUAACUCUUCUGUUUUUCAGCCUUAUGAUGUAAUUGUUGUUGGUGGCGGACAUGCGGGUUGUGAAGCUGCACAUGCAGCUGCACGAAUGGGUGUUCGAACACUUUUGAUCACUCAUAAAUUAGAGACCAUUGGUGAGAUGUCUUGUAAUCCAUCCUUUGGCGGUAUUGGUAAAGGACAUUUAAUGCGUGAAAUUGAUGCUCUAGAUGGUCUUUGUGGACGUCUAUGUGACAAAACCGGUGUUCAUUAUAAAGUUUUAAAUCGAAGUAAAGGCCGAGCUGUAUGGGGAUAUCGUGCACAAAUCGAUCGAAAAUUGUACAAGCAAGCAAUGCAAGAUGAAAUUCUCAAUACACGAAAUUUACAUGUCAUGACUGCAGCUGUUCAUGAUAUUGUUAUUGAUAAAGACCAAUUGCGCAUAACAGGUAUAACACUAGAUAAUCGUGCAUUGAUACCAAGUCACUCAGUAAUUAUAACAACUGGAACAUUCUUACGUGGAUGUAUUAAUCUUGGCAUGGAUGAACAAAAACCAGCUGGUAGAAUCAAUGAUCAACCAUCCAUUGAUUUAGCGAAAUCAAUUGAAGAACUUGGAUUUAGAAUGGGCCGAUUAAAAACUGGUACACCAGCUCGUUUAGAAACGAAAACAAUUGAUUUUAGUAAAACAAUUUCACAUAAAGGUGAUGAUCCACCAUUACCAUUUUCAUUUUUAAAUAAAAAUGUUUGGAUAAAAUCCGAAGAACAAUUGUGCUGCCAUUUAGCUAUGACAACAGCUGAAACAGCGGAUAUUGUUCGGCAGAAUGCUCAUCUAAGUCGACAUGUAACACAAGAUGCUCAGGGUCCACGUUAUUGUCCAUCCAUUGAAUCGAAAAUUCUUCGUUUCAAAAAUCAAAUACAUCCAGUAUGGCUUGAGCCUGAAGGUUUUGAUUCUGACCUAACUUAUCCACAAGGUUUAAGUUGUACAAUGCCUAUUGAUAUACAAUUACGUAUGCUUCGUACAAUACCAUCUCUAGAAAAUGUUAAUAUGAUUCGACCAGGCUAUGGUGUAGAAUAUGAUUAUAUCGAUCCAAGAGAAAUUAAGCCAAGUUUAGAAACAAAACGUAUUACGAAUUUAUUUUUUGCUGGACAAAUCAAUGGAACCACCGGAUAUGAAGAAGCCGCUGGGCAAGGAAUUAUAGCUGGUAUAAAUAGUGCAUGUAAAGUAUUAAAUAAACCAAUGUUUACAAUUAGUCGGGGUGAAGGAUAUAUUGGAGUAAUGAUUGAUGAUUUAACUCUACAUGGUGCAACUGAACCCUAUCGAAUGUUUACAGCAAGAAGUGAAUAUCGUAUAUCUCUGCGCGCAGAUAAUGCUGAUCUUCGCUUAACACAAGCGGGCUAUGAUAUUGGUUGCGUCGGUGAACAUCGCUAUAGCCAAUUUCAAACAUUUAAAAACAAUUAUAAUCUAGCUAAAGAAUGCUUACAAAAUAUUAAAAAAUCCGUUCAUGUUUGGCGCCGAUUAUUAAGUUCACCAUCUGAAGCUAUUUCAUGUCGAGAUGAUACAUUAAAAUCUCUCUAUUCACUCGUUCAUCAAGCCCCUUAUAUGAUGGAUAAUGAAAAAUGGCUUGCAUUAGUACCGGAUGAUGAAGGCGUACGUUCAAUGUUAUUAUCUGAUAAUGAAUUAUGUGAACGUAUCUGUCUUGAUGCUGUUUAUGAACAUUUAAUUAUGAGACAAAAAAAUGAAAUUGACGAAGUUAAACGAGAUGAAGCAUACGCUAUUCCAGAUGCGUUCGAUUAUCAAAAGUUACAAAUAUCCAAUGAAGCAAAACAAAAACUAGAACAAGUGCGACCGACAACAUUAGCUUCAGCUGGUCGAAUACCGGGUAUUACGCCAGUAACAAUACUUUCUCUUUUACGAGCAUUGAAAAGAGAACCACAAUCAUCAUCGAUAGUCAAUUUUUAG